CCGGCAGGCUAUUGAAGAAGCACUCCGUCAGCGGGGACUGUUCGUACCAAGGUACGGGAGAAGCAGUACCGGAUGUAGCUUUCGUAGCAGACUCCUCUCCCGUAAGAUAUUCUCCGCUUCCUUGUACCUUCCAGCUGGACAUCUCCUGAAGCUGCAGCUGGGUAACACCACCACCGGCUGUCAUGGCAACCAUGGUCAUGGAGAGGAUUGGGCGCCUGUUCAUUAACCUGCAGCAGGUGCGGCAGGUGCCCCAGAUGCUGACGGAGGCGGCGCCCUCCAUGCUGGGGACGCUGAGGGACACCGAGGUGCCGCGGUUUUUCAGAGAGCGCCACAUCCACGCCGGCUACCGUCCCCUCGACCAGGGCUGGCGGUACUACUUCCUGUCCCUCUUCCAACGGCACAACGAGACAGUGAACGUGUGGACGCACCUGCUGGGGGCGCUGCUGGUCCUGGUGAAGUUCGCCCAGCUGGCGGAGACGGUGGACUUCGGCGGGGACUUCCACGCCUGGCCGCUGCUCACCCUGUUGCUGUCGUCGCUGGCCUACAUGAGCUGCAGCGCCGCCGCCCACCUGCUCUCCGCCAAGUCUGAGCUCUGCCACUUCGCCUUCUUCUUCCUGGACUACGUGGGCGUGGCACAGUACCAGUACGGCAGCGCUGUGGUCCACUUCUACUAUGCUGCCGAGGAGGACUGGCACCGGCGCGUGCGGGGCAUCUUCAUGCCGGUCGCUGCUCUGCUCUGCUGCCUGUCCUGCCUGGGCUGCUGCUACGGAAAAUACCGGAACCACAGCCUGCCACACUGGGUGCGCAAGGUAGGCCAGGUGGUUCCCUCGGCGCUGGCCUACGCCUGGGACACCAGCCCCGUGUUCCACCGCAUGCUCUCCUGCGCGCCGGCCUGUGGCCGUGACCCCGCCAUGCCCUUCCACUGCGGCCAGGUGGCCUUCUUCCUGUCCAGUGCCCUCUUCUUCACCCAGCCUGUCCCGGAGCGCUGGUUCCCGGGGCGGUGCGACUUCCUGGGGCAGGGCCACCAGCUCUUCCACGUCUUGCUGGUCUGCUGCACCCUCUGCCAGAUCCAGGCCUCGUACCUCGACUACCUGGGCCGCCGGCCGCUCUACCUGCGUCUCCACGGAGACGGCGAGGCCCCCUUUUUCCUCGCCCUUUUCGUCGCCACAGGGGUCGUCUGUGCCUUGAUCGCGGCCUUCAUGAUCAGGAAAGUGAGCCGUCUGCUCAACUGCAGAGACAAAUCCAAAUGAGGAGCGCCGCCUGGUUCUGCUCUGUUACUGUGGCCUUGUUCUGAUUCUGCACUCUGCGUUUGCGGUUCAGGUCCACCUAAGCCUUUGUGUUAUCAUGGUCACCCUAAGACUACAGCCCUUAAUGGACCACUACAAAUAUAAGGGAUAGAGUUGUUACUCAAUGUUAUUUCUAUAAAAAUCUAUUUAACAAUGUAAACCACACACCCAUGUUAUCCCUAUUGAAAACAACCAAGGUUGUGUCAAGGAGAACAUUCCAACAUUAUAAGGUGGUUGAACCAUUGGACAAGAAUGCAUCAGCAAAGAUUUGCCAGGAGGUGGAUGACAACUGAAUGUUUCCAUAUGCUAGCUGACCCUAGUGGCUAAACAGUGAUGUGGCAUUAAGCUCCAUUCAUCAAUGCAACCACAUGUUUCAAGAUGACUUUAUAUUAGGACACACAUUGACAUCAGCUAGCCUAUGCUGCGU